AUGGUUUCCGCACCCGAACUGAAAAAGUACAUGGACAAAAAGCUGGUAAUCCAUCUGAAUGGGUCGCGCAAGGUCGAGGGCACACUACGUGGCUAUGAUAGUUUUCUCAACCUGACGGUGGAGGACUCUGUGGAGGUCCAUCAGGACGAGAGGACGCCGCUAGGCACAAGUGUUGUGCGCGGCAAUUCGAUAUUGUCAAUAGAAUUAAUAUGA